UUCAAAAACAUUACAUCAUAUUUAGGACAUAAUUAAGAGUGUUUAUUUCCUGUAAAUAAUGAACGUAUUUCAGUUAGGGAAAAAGUUGGAACUAAGUUAAAUAACUUCAGUUGUCAUCUUUGGACCUUAUAUUGACCUUAUACAUGUAUAGUUUAUUAUUGUGUAUAGGUAAACUGAAGGUUUUGCUACGAUAUUGAUUUCGGAAAAUUGCGCAUGUAUAUCGCGGGGCAAUUUUCGGAAAACGAGAUAACAUAAACCACAACAGGAAAAAUACUUAACAUUAUUAAUUCUUCGGCAUUAAAGAAUUUAUUUCAGUGCUUUUCGUAUUGGUAUUUUUAUUUAUGUGUACAAAAGAGUGUUUCGAUGUUGUAAUAUAAAUUAGAACGGAAUAUGGAUUCAUCACAAUCACAAGGGAGCCUGCCUACAAUGGAAUCUGGAACUUCAACAGUAAACAUACCUUCUACAGACAAUGCAGAAAACAUACCCAUGACAGAAUCUGUAAGUUCACCAGGAAACGUACCAACAACGGAAUCGGUACGUUCAACGGGAAACGCACCCACAAUGGAAUCUGUUAGUUCACCAGUAAGCAUACCCACGACGGAAUCUAUUAGUUCACCAAGAAAUAUAUCCACGGCGGAUUCUGUAAUUUCACCAGGAAACAUAUCCGCGCCGGAAUCUGUAAGUUCACCAGGAAGCAUACCCACGACGGAAACUGUUAGUUCAGCAGAAAACAUACCCGCGACGGAAUCUAUAAGUUCAUCAGGAAAAAUACAUGCGACGGAAAGUUUAAGUUCACUAGGAAACAUAUCUACUACAGAAAAUGCAAGAGCACCAGAUCACGUACCCGUGAUGGAAACUGAACGUUUACAAGGUAACGUAUUUGCUCUGGAAACUGGAAAUACAUCCGAAUAUACGUCUACAAUGGAAACUGGAAGUUUAUCAGAAAUUAUGUCCAUUUUGGAAUCUGUAAGUCCACCGGAAAACAUACUCGUUAUGGAAUCUAGAAGUACACCAGAAAACACAUCUGCCCUGGGGUCUGAAUAUCCAUCGGAAAAUGCACCAACUUUAGAAUUUGGAGGCUCAUCAGAAAACGUGCACACUAUAGAAUCUGGAUGUACAUCUGAAAACAUACCCGUUAUGGAAUCAGGGAUAUCACCUGGAAACUUAUCCGCUAUUGAAUCAGAAAGUUCACCAGACAACAUAUUUACUCCGGAAACUGAAAGUACAUUAGAAAAUACGCAUACCGUGGAAUCUGGAAGUUUUUCAGAAAUUAUGUACAGUUUGGAGUCUGGUAGUCCAAUGGAGUCUAGAAUUACAUCAGAAAACAUAACCGCUUUGGUAUCAGGAAGAUCACUAGAAAACACACUCGCUAUGGAAUCUGAAAGCUCAGCAGAAAACAUACCAACUAUGGAAUCAGGAAGAUCACAAAGACAGAUAUCCGCCAUUGAAUCAGAAAGUUCACCUGAAAACACACAAACAAUGGAAUCUCGAAGAACAUCAGUAAAUAUAUCCGCUAUUGAUUCACAAAGUUCACCAGAAAACGUACCAACAAUGGAAUCUACAAGAUCAUUGGGAAGCAUAACUGCAACUGAAUUACAGAGUUCACCAGAAAACAAAACCACUAUGGAAUCUGAAAGAUCAUCUGAAAAUAUAUCCACUUUUGGAUCCGGAAAUACAGACGAACCAGAAAACAUACCCACGACGGAAUCGGGAAAUUCACCAGAAAACAUAUCGACUAUGGAAUCGGAAAAUUCACCAGGAACACCUCGGCGAGCUUCAGGAAACCGAGAGCAGAUUCAGGAAUUGAUGAGUGAUGAAAUGCCAUCUCCUCUUAAAUGUCCGAUAUUUCGAGCAAAUCUUGGAGGCGCCACGGUCACUGAAUGUGGCCAUUGUUUCUGUACACACUGUAUCGGUCAGAUGAACCAGACCUGCAAUAUCUGUUUUAAGACCAUCAAUUCACAUCAUCUUCAAGAAAUUGAUAUAUAUGGUGAGGGUAUUGUACGGUCACGUGACGGAACUAUUGAAGAACUCAAAGAAAACGAACUUGAAUUGUCACAUCAGGUGCAAAGUUUUCAAGAAGAGAUACAUAACAAAGACGCACAAAACCAAAGGCUAGACGAUGAACUCACAAAUGCUAAACAAGAUGUUAGCCGUCUCAAAAAUGAAGUGGAACAAUUGCGGGUGUAUGUGCAAAGGUGCUAUGAUCAAGACAGACAACUACAAGAUUAUCAGCAAAUCAUUCUGCCGGAGAAAGAGAAUACAAUUGCCGUUUUAAGCACUGAGGUAGCGCAGCUAUCAGGGCAUCUAAAUGCAAAAGAGUACGAAGUUGAAUAUCUCAAGAAACAUAUUCAAGAGCUCGAGAAAUAUGUGCACAUUUGCUAUGAACUAAAUGACCAGUUAACAGAUUUACGGGAAAACAUCGUGCCAGAAAAAGACAAAACUAUCAGCGAGUUACAAAGCCGCGUUGAAAAAUUAUUUGACGACUUUACUACUCUUAAGCGGAUCACUGUGCCUGUGAGUCAACUCGAAGUAUUACCAGAGACAAAUCUUAGCAGAGCGAUUCAACAGCUGCAACAUUUUUAUGAUCGGGACUACAGAUCCAGGUAUGACAGUACAGACAAAAUGGAAGCGCUGUUGCAGACUAGGCUUGAGUGUGUGAUGAGUGAACUAUGUGAACAACAAGAAAUCGGAGAUCAGCUUGCCUUGGUCAUCAGCACAUAUACAAGUAUGGCACAGGAAAAUUCAAAUUUACAUCGGUCUUCGAGAACAAAAGAUGAGGAGCUCAAACAUUUAAAAGCAGAAUUACGUCUAACGAAAGCGAGAAAACUUGAGAUGGAGCAGAGGAUGAGGACAGAGGAAUGACGACUAUUGAAUAUUGCGGGCAGGGAAAUUUAAAGAUUGAAGAAAACUGCCUCCAGUAUAUAUUUGCAGAGGUAUAGUUUUUGCGCUGUAUUUGUGUCUGUCAGCAUGUCCACAACUGUAACUUUUCAAUAUGGACAAGCAGAUAAACUGUAUCAAAGACGUCAGUGAUAUGAACAAGCUAUAAAUUGAUCAAAAACCAUGCUUGAAAUUUAUGAAGUCAUAGCUACAGUGGUGAAAUAUUUGUUCCAUUUGAUGGAAUUAAUCUAGAGUAGCACGUGAAUAACAAGAAAGUUGGACAAAAUGAUCAUUCUGUAAUCUUAAGUACAGAUUGAACUGAAAAAUAUUUGUUCUUAGCGGUGCAAUACACAUCGUAUUGUACGAAGGAAAUAAUGUUGACAUUGUUCUUCAGUGUACUUUAAUGACACAAGUAAUAGAAAGAGCAUUGAAACUCGAGGGUAAACGAUUUGUACGAGGGGGCGUAGCCCCUAAAUCGUUUACCCGAGAGUUUUAAUGUUCUUUCUGUUUUGUAUCAUAGCCACCCAAAUAUGGUACUUGUAGGCGUUCCACAUUGCCAUAUACAGCAGUUCAGUGAGUACUUAAAAUCCUUGCUUUACAAAUGUGUAAUAGAGCUCAGGUAAAAUAAAUCAAUGCGAGAGCAGAAAAUCAAUAAAGUACACUUCACUGUCUACUAUUCCAGACACGCUGACAUACUUUCCUAUCCAACAGUGCGGUAACUAGCGUGCGGGUAUUAAAUACCUGCACACUUUUAGUUACCGCCCCUGUACUCAGGGUAUACGAUUUACCUGCACCAAAUUUGUUAAGAAAAAACACCGAGCUAUGAUACAAUUUCUACUAACCUCACAGCAAAUGUAAUACGGCAAUACUGUGAGAUGUUAUGCUUGCUCCAAACAGUCACUAACACAGAUCCUGCAUACAGUGAUUAUAUUUCGACGACGUUAACGAUGUCCUAACUUCAGAGGAUACGUUUAUCAACUUAGCAUGAUUUCAUUUUUUGUAAAUUAUUUUUAUUAAUUGAUCAACAAUACACGAAUUUAUUCUUUUGUUAAAUAAUGUGAUCAAUAUGAAUACUUAUAACAAACAGAUCAAACAGGGUUUACUUCGUGAUUAUUCGGUCUUUAUAUAAGACGUCUGGGAUAAUCAGGUUUGAUUUGUAGUUUGUUUUCUGCCUCGACCUUCGCGGUUUAAUCCUAGACUUCCUAGACUUCCUGUGAAUCGUUUAGCCUAUACAACUCAAAGAUCACAAUACGGAUAACUGAUAAUUUCUGUGGCAUCUGCUUCAUUAAUUUAUGAAUUUAUGUUGGUGUUUACAAAAAUAUCUACAGAACUUAAUAACAGCCGGAUUUAAUAAUGCGGUCCUAUGACAAUACAAUUUACGUGUGUAACAAACAGCAAUGUAAUUUAAAAGUUGUUUCUUUCUGCCUUCAGCGUCCGUAUGACGUCAUAAGUUCGGUGCACAUUGCUUGGACUUAUUGCCGCAUUUUGGCGUAAUUUCUUGUGAACUAGUGGACUAUCAGUGAAAACAUUAGCAGUCGAAUUCAAGUCAUGACCUAAGAAAGUAAAUAGAUAGAUUCAACAUAAGGCAAUAUACUUGUGUAUGAAUUUACACCAUGUAACACAUGUAUUUGUAAACAACGCGAAUACAAAGAUGCGUUAACUUACUUAACCUGCUAAAUUUCUAUAACGUACUUGUCCAUCUUUCAAUUUGGACAGUACCAUUUAAUAACUGUUACAAAGGGGUGCUUACUAAAAUAUUACUAACUGAAUGGCGAACAGUGCAGAUCAUGAUCAGACUGCACGGAUGUGCCGGCUGAUCAUGAUCUAUACUGGUCGUAAAUACAGAAUCAGUCCUGUCCAGCAUGAUAAGGAUCAAUACACCUUAAUACUUCCAAAUAAGCACAGUCAUUUUCUGAGAGCGAAAAAAUCACAACGAGAAACAGUCCACAUUAAACAAAUGAUUAUUUCUAUAAAAGUUAUAAAAUGUAGGAGAAUUUUAUUAUAUUUUAUAUAAAUAUACUAAAUUUUGAUAAGAGAUGAAGGCCAAUCCAAAAUGUUUGGAUUUAUGUUUACUUAAAUGAAACGAGUAUUUCACUUUGACACUCUUGGUACGAUGUUUCAAGUUAUAAAUGUAGCGUCCAAGAUGAAUGCCUCUAUUCUUUAAUGUAUAAACAAUUGAAACAUCAAACAUGUUUAAUUGUAUAGUUAAUUAUCAAACAAGAAUGGUAGAUUUCACAAUCUGUCUACCUUUAUGAUUAUACUUGGAAUUAAAGCAACCCUUAGAUUUAAAGCAGUGUUGAUUGAUCAAUAUAAACUUGAUUUCGUUUAUGAUGUAUUCUUGUUCGGACACAGUUUUCCACAUAUUAGGACGUCCAAAACAUUUAGAUGAUUAGAAAGCCAUCUGUCGGCUCUGCGAAGCAACUGUAUUGCGAAAUAGGAAUAUAAUAGCCCUACGUCCCAGAGACUGUCUGUACAGGGAAUCCUCAUGUCGCUGAAUGUCACAGCGUCUCAUAACGUCACACUGUAUCUGUGAAGCCUUUAUUAUGCAAACAUAAUCGAUACAAAAAAAUGCGUUGAUAGUACAACGUAUUAUUUUUUGUGGGUACACGCGUUGUAAAAUGAUUAAUAAUUAUUUGUAAAUAGAAACUUAAAUCUAAUACCGCUGAUAUUUUACUCGUUUGGUUAAAUAAAGGAUAAAAAUAUA